GAACGUCCCAACCAGCAGACCACAAAACCCACCCUCGCAACACCUCAAAAGAAUUGAAAAAAAAAAAAAAAUGGGCGAACACGACCCCAUCGUAUCGCACGGCCGAGGAGGCCAAGGCAACAUCGGUGCCGACUCAACCGAAUACGUCGACGCCGCCAUCGUCCGUGAAGGUAUCUACGGCGACCAAGGCGACGGCGCCUACUCCGCCGGUCGCGGCGGAGCAGGCAACAUCGGCUCCCCGCACGUCCGUCCCACCUCGAAGGUGCCGCACGACGCGGAAAUGAUUCCCGAGCUGGCGAUCCGGCAGUCCGUCGACGGGGAUUAUCAUACUGGUCGCGGCGGACAAGGCAACGUGCAUCUCGACGAGGAACACCGCAAGGAGAAGGAGAAGAAGCAGCAGCACCGGCAUGAUCAGUAUGAGGGGUUGGCGGAUAAAUUGAAGUAUAAGAUUUUUGGGCGGAAGUGAGCUUGAGGCAUCGCUGUUGGUGGUAGAUAUGGAUUGGAUGAGAUAGAGAUGAGGUGAGGUGGGGUUUCUUUUUCUGUCUUGGGCUUGGAUUUUUCUUGGUUGAUUCCCUGGUUUGUUUGGUUGUUUGCGAUUGCGAGUCGGAUACUGGGGAGGAGGUAUAGUACUAGGUAGUGUUGGUAAUAAUUACUCCAUUUUGCUGCAGUACUUCCCCAUACACCGUCUAUCAUAGGUAUAAUGAAAACACCGAAGAAUCGAAGUAUAAAGAUUGGAUCGAAUGAAACCAAGUUCUCGUUUCUUUUGUCCAUUCAUUAAAAAGGAUCGGUAGAUUCGCCAUUGGUAUCGGGACAACAUCAGAAAUCGAUUGGAGGGGAAAAACAAUGCCUGGGUAAAGGGGGGGGGGGGCAGGGGUUCCAUCAAAUAUCAUAAAAAGGAGAGCAAGGCAUUCCGUGUAUCAUGGUCUC